AUGAUGUUGCGGGUCCUACUUACGUUGGCGUUUGUUGGAUUCGCCUCUGCGCAAUGCUCCUUUUCCGGAAAUGGAAUAAUGGCCAAUUGGACGGCUUCCAAUGGGCAGGUCAAUAUCAACUUUCAAAACUCGAAAAUCGCGAAUAACCAGUGGACAGCGAUGGCCUUUGGAACGACGAUGGUGCGACAACCUGGAGAUCAUCAUCUUAAGGUGCAGAACGGGAAACCGUCAGUGGUCACCGGUCACACCUCGCAAUUUGGGCCCCCUACCACAAUCGACAAAUCAGCCAACGUCGGAAUGUCAAAUUUGAGCUACCGCAACGGCAUGCUCUCCGGCAGCGUCACACGCCCGGUCACGCUCAACAGCCCACGGAGUAGUAACCUCAACGGGUGUACCCAGUGGAAUUUUGUCGGCUCGUCCGGCAUGAAUCCUGACGGUAGCGUGCAGAAGCAUCAAACUAUGCCCUCGCCGAUGAACGUCUGUACGAACCAGUGCCAGAGGCAGGGC